AUGAAGAUAAACGAGCACUACAGGGGCGGGAAAAGCAACCGAGAGAUCGGCAGGCUCUUCGGACGCGACGAGAAGAAACUCUGGGGACCAACGGCGAAGGAGCUCAACGCGCACGUUGCCCGUUGGCUGAUCAACGACGGACUACCCUACAACACGGUGGUGUCGGACGACUUUCGUAGUCUCUUGCAAUUGGCGACUGGUAGCGCCACCGCCCUGGCUCUGAGGGCCUACUGGGGCUUCCUGGAUGCUGACUUCGAUCGAUUCUGCUUCUUGACAGAGCAAGUUCUGAUGGAUGAGCUCAAGGCCGCAUACUUUUUCCCCUUCCUCAAUGUACUGCACGACAACUGCACUGCAAGUGGUGGCAAGAAAGGUCUCGUCGGAAGCUCCAUCAGCUUCAUCAGCAAGAACGGGGAAUUCACCAAUAUCGCACUGUUAGUGACAGUGCACAACGGUUUGCACGCAUCGGUCAAGGUCAAGGCGCUUAUCACCAGCAGGACCGAAGAGUUGUACAGGGUGGACAUCGAGUCGAUGGCGCAGUUCACCAUGUCGGACACCACGUCCAGCGCCCAGAAAGUCUUAAAGCUAUUCGAGGACUCUCUACCAACGGACUGCACCGUGCGUGUCCUCAACCUUUGCCUUUUGUACGGAAUAGGCGUGAGGGAGAACUGCAAGACUGUGAGUAUGCUGGAUCCCGCGACAGGAAAGCAAAAGAUUGAGCGUCGCUUGUGCACUGUUGGCGGGCCAUUUCCCGAAGAUGCUGCACUGAUCAAGAAGGUCAGAAACCUUAACAACUACUUUAACUCGCCGCAGUGGGUGGGCUGUCUCAGCAAGGUAUCGUCUCCCCAAGUUAAGCCCUAUUGUCGACUGUGACACUCGCGUCGCGUCGACUGUCACGCUGUUCCAGAGGACCAUCGUCAACUACCCUGUAUUUAAGGCUUAUUUCCAGCAUUGUGAGCCCUACGACGACUCCGAAGUGUUCGACAAGCUCGUGUACGCGGACUGGAGGUUGACCAUC